AUGGACCCCGCAUCCGGCAGGUCCCAGAAGCCCAUGGGCGUGACACAGGGCAUGCCGGGGGAUGCGAUAGAACACGUGUCGCACUGCGAGUCACAACCGACGGAGGCCAACUUAUGCGGCGUAGGGGUAGUCGGCGUGGUCGAAGCCGCGACCGUUACCGCAGAUGGUGACGAGGAGGGUACUGCUGUGAUGUGUCACAAGGCCGAGUGCGCCGGGGAUGCAGAGCAAGCAAUGCUUGACCACUGCAUCACCCUCGCCCCUGAACAGGACGUUGCAAUGCGCCUGCACGCGCUCAUAGAGCACGGAGUAAGGAAGCCCUGCGAACCACGCGAGAAUGUCCCUGACGGUGCCGGGGUACCGUGGCUCAGGGGGAACACGCAAGUGACAGAGACGCAGGUAACACUUGAGCAUGUCGUGGAGUUCGUCGAGUGGCUCCAUGAUAUUAUCGGUGAGCUCUCUAAUCUUCUGGCCGCUGCAGUCACUGUCGUUCCUGAGCUCGCCGUCCGGAACGCCCGCCGAGGUGACCCGGUAGCCGCGUUGCUGGAGGAAGGCGCCCAGGGGGGUGAAUGGAUUUAUUAA